UUUCGUGAUUUCUUUGUAACUUGGCAACAAUGUCAUGUAUGACUAACCUAACCUUAUUUCUUACACAGUAGAUAUCAUACCAUAAUAAAACAAUCGAAAUGUUUGAAGACCUUGAUCUUGAUAAUGACGUUUUUAAAGUGCCAUGGGAAAACCCGUGUCCUCCAGAGCCACCCACUAAAAAACUUCCCUCGCCCGGCACCAAACGUCAACCGGUUAAGAGAAGAUUUCCAGGACCGGCCGGAAUAAUUUCGAACGGGCCGCAAUCUCAACCUGCUCUUAAUGAAGUCCCGUGCUCUCAGUCGUCCACGCAGAUAUUUCAAGGGCCGUGGGAACAGAUGUCGAAUGAUUUUCGAUUGCUGAAGGAUCGCGGCGUAUAUCUUCCCGACAAGUUCAAUAUAGCGUGGAUUAAGGCGCAAGUGAAAAACGAUCUGCUGAUAAACGGAAAGGCGCCUUUCUUGGCGGGGAUUAUACACAAAAUGAACGGGGAGGCCUCCGUUAAUAGCGUUGUACUUAAGGAUCCUACAGGGCGAAUACACGCAACCAUAGCGAGUAAUCUGAUUAAGGAUUAUCCAAAGGAUUUGAAAAUUGGAAGUGUUAUAACGCUACGGCAGGUGGGGGUGCUGACGCGUACAUCGAAUUGUUACUUAACGAUAACCUCAAAUAAUUUAGUUUCGAUUUAUACUGGACACGGCGUGAUCAAGCUCCAGAAAUUUACGGAUGAAGACUUUUGCAACGUUGAGAGGAUUAAGACUAAUCAGUUAAGCCCGAAACUGGCAGCUCCAGUCUCAAAUUGGUCACCGGUCCACAAUGCAUCGCUAACUGUAGAAGAUAAGGAAGUGCUAAGUGAUGUGUUCCAAGGACUUGAUGCCGAUACAUUUUUUGAUGAUUUUUAGUUUGACGGAAUACAAUUUUGAAUGCUU